AUGGCCUCUGCUCCCAGCGUUUACGCCGCGGAGCCUGCUUGUCCAAUUCUGGCCCAUUCUCUCCUCGCCAAGCCAGAGUCCAAGAUCCCAGAUACGGGAGAUCUAGUGCAUGAAGCAGGACAAAAUGACGACUGGAACCUGAAAGAUGACUGGAUUACUGGGACUCAAACCAACAACACCGGAGUUUUCCGCUGCGGCUCUGUCAUCGGGUUCUCCAGACUAAGAUCCAGAAGCAAGGAUACCGAUGAGUACAUCGGGCAGAUCCCCCGCUAUCUACUCACAUCUCAUCUGCUGAGAAUUGACGCGUCCUCUGAGCCCACCGCAUUCAUCAUCUAUCCUAGUAACUUUGACGCGUUGGCCCCGAGGCUCCUGCUCAAUGCACUGCAAUCUCUCUCUGAAGGGCCCGGCCUAUCAAGAGAAGAAGCACUGCGGCACCUUGAUGCUGUGCAGCUACUCCCAGUGCAAACACUUCCAAACGCGGCACAGGCCAUCGGCAACGUAUCUGAAUCGCUCAAAGAGAUCCACGAAAAGCGACAAGCACAGCAACGAGACACCCCCGCGGAGCCUACUCAACCCGUCAUCCUAAUCGUGGUCGGCCUCGAUACUCUCGCUGAAGGUGUCAUUCGAGCUUCAAACCCCGUUAGAGGAACAGCCCUACUAGCAGCUACGCUGCGAAACCUGACCCGCAUGGCUCGGGCAUAUGCCUCAUGGCUUUCCAUCAUCCUCAUCAAUACAAGCGGCCUUGGCCCCGCGUAUUUCGACGCCACCCAACCGCCGGAUUCAAACCAAACUAGGACACCAAAUGACGAGGAUGCAAGACCCUCAGGUGACGACGGCAUUCAUUCAAUCUUCCAAACGCCCGGUUCCUCACUGCUAUCUACUCUCCUCAUGAAAACCCUCGACCAAGGCAUCGAUACGCACAUCAUGGUCUCAGAUGUGAAAGCUACACAAGUUGCCGAGGUCAUCAAGGAUCGAAUUGGCACUGGGCUCGGGAAAUGGGGAAUAUGGUCUCCUAAGCGAUAG